AUGGACGGACGGGCACAACGGCGGGUGAUCGGGCGGCCAUAUGUCGGUGUACCUAAGGUGGUGGUCGGGCGGGUCGUCCGUUUUGUGUCUGGACGUUACGGUGCCCCUCCAGACGGUGGGGAUUGUGAAAAGGAGGCGAUGGUGAAGCUCCACGCGGGUUUCUCCAUCCACCAUCGUCGUCUCUUUGGUUUCCAGAAGAAAAGGAGAACGGCUGGUGACUUUUACGCAAAGGUGCUAUCCAAGGCGGGACCGGCUCUCCCGCUGCAACCCGGCGUUUUGAAGCCAACCCUGACGGCUUCAAGCGAGUCCAAAUCGGGAUCCGAACAAGCCUGGCCGCCCUCCAAAAGGGAAAAGCAGCCCAGACCACCUCCCCUCUUUCUUGGGCCCCUGAACAAAUCCACCGAAACGGGCGAGACAGAUCCUGAGAUCCACGGCCGGGUGCUGGGGCUGCCCUGUCGAGGUGAGCCUCUCUGGUCAACGCUCCAAGAUGUAAUUAACACCUCCCUCUCCCUCGUCCUCGUCCUCGCCAUCAUCAGCAUCAGCUUCAUCCGUCUCUUCCUCCUCCAGUGUGUUUCCUGCCAGAAGAAAGAGACUGGAAAUAGUCAAGUAACGGCGACAAAGCGGGGCAAUUCUGUCGCGCACCCUGUCGCAAGAGAGAUCUCCCUUUUCCCCUCCUCCCUCUCGCUCUCUUUAUUUUGGCGCUCGUUGCUUGUUUGUUUGCUGUCGAAGCUUCUUCACCGACCGGCCACCGUCCAGGCCGAACUUCAGCAAAGACAAGACCUUUAA